AUGUUAUUGUAUUGUUACAGUGUCGAUCCUGGAGAGGUCACAUUUAAGGUGGAGAAGAACAGUAAGGGAUAUGAAGCAGAAGACGUCGCAAGAAGAGUUGUUGAUAUCAAAGAUGAAUUACGCCGCGAAACCGGUGCACAGAUUUUGUCCACCGGCAUUGGAGAUCGGAGUAAGAGACCGGUUAGCAGCCAGACUGAAGACUCGCAGUCCGCAUAUUUCGAUUACGAUCUGCCAAUCCUGCUUACCAUAAUCGGAAGUUUCACCGUCGUGGUCGUGGGGGCCGUGAUCUUCGCGGUUAUGCUGAAGAGGGACAUGGACGCAAAGCGAAAAAUCGGUGGGCUCGCGUCCGCCGCCGACAUUGACGCCGAGGCCACGAGAGAUUACCAGGAGCUUUGUCGUGCGAGGAUGUCUGGCAAGUGGACGGGUCAGCCGGCGGCGCCCCCGCACCAGACGGACCAACCACAGCGCAUCACGUCCCUCUCCAAAGACCCCGAGGGAAAUUCACCGUCUACACGCUCUAGCACCUCGUCCUGGAGCGAGGAACCAGCUCUGACUAACAUGGACAUAUCUACCGGACACAUGGUUUUGGCCUACAUGGAGGACCACCUACGCAACAAGGACCGUUUGGAGCAAGAGUGGCGCGCCCUCUGCGCAUACGAAGCGGAGCCUUGCGCCACCGCGGCCGCUCUUAAGCCGGAGAACACGGGCAAGAACCGAUACGCGGACGUCCUGCCGUACGACCACUCCAGGGUCACCCUGAACACGCUCUCCAACCACCUCGGAUCUGACUACAUCAAUGCUUCCACAAUCACGGACCACGACCCGCGUAACCCCGCGUAUAUAGCGGCCGCCGGGCCCCUCGCGCACACGGCCCCCGACUUCUGGCAGAUGGUGUGGGAGCAGGGCAGCGUGGUCAUGGUAAUGCUCACCCGUCUCACCGAGAACGGACAGCAGCUCUGCCACCGCUACUGGCCCGAAGAGGGCUCCGAAGUCUACCACAUCUACGAGGUGCACUUGGUGAGCGAGCAUAUCUGGUGUGAUGACUACCUGGUCCGCAGCUUCUACCUGAAGAACCAACGCACCGGCGAAACUCGAACCGUCACCCAAUUUCACUUCUUGUCCUGGCCCGAGAACGGAGUUCCGUCCUCCACAAAGGCUCUGCUGGAGUUUAGGAGGAAGGUUAACAAGUCGUACAGAGGAAGAUCUUGCCCUAUCGUGGUACAUUGCAGCGAUGGCGCCGGCCGCACGGGUACAUACUGCUUAAUCGACAUGGUACUUAACCGCAUGGCAAAGGGCGCCAAGGAGAUCGAUAUUGCGGCAACGCUCGAGCACAUCCGAGACCAGCGACCGCGCACUGUUGCCACCAAACAACAAUUCGAAUUCGUUCUUAUGGCCGUCGCUGAAGAGGUACACGCGAUACUAAAGGCCCUACCGGCUCAUUUGCAACAACUUCAGGAGAAGAAAGAUAAGGAAAAGGAAAAAGAAAAAGAAAAGGAAAAGGACAAAGAGGACAAACCAAAC